CUAUUAUUAGGUGGGCUUCUUGACUACCCAAGACCUCGGAUACAUACACACCAAAUUAUUAGGUGGGCCUAUCUGCAGGGGUGGGCUACGUUGCCGCCCUGGGCUUCUUCACCAGUUUCUACGGUAACGACGAGAGCACGUACCGACUUCGUACGGUGGAGGAUCGCAGCAUCUUCGGGCCUUUUGAUGGAGCGUAAUGCAGUGUGACAACGGCCAAGAAGACCGGUGCUAAAGCAGCGGAAUGGGGAUGUAAAGGUCAAAUCAAUCCCACCAGAGAAUGGCUGAUCAUAGCAGGAUCGUGACAAUGAAGCGAUGCGUACUGAUAGCUGGUCUCAGCGAGGCACUCGCUCAGCAGGUCUAUGUUCCAGUCCAGGGGCCCUCCAAGCUUCCAUGCUCCGUGAACGACUCGUAUGCCACGGCACUGCCUUCGUAUACAUUCCACGAGUUCAGCUUCACGCAGACCGAGACGGUUCGAACAGCGACUUCCGUCCCGGCACCAAUAACGACCACCACAUUUGCCCCUCCUUACGCGUCUCUCAGCAGCCUAGUGCCAGGGCUCAGUACUACUCGAUGGGGCAAUUGGGAUCCAGAUUCAAACGCCAGCGCAACAGAUCUUGGUAGUCCAUAUGGCAAUGCUUCGUGGAGUGCCUUCUGGAACACCUUCCCCACUGCGAAUUUCUCACGCGGAAUCUACUCCACGACAAUAGAGCCUACCCCAGUUCCUUCUUCAGAACUCGUCCUUCCGCCGCCUGAGCCAUUUGGACCACAGGAAUGCUAUCGAUUCCCAGCCGAUUUCCUGUUAGGAGUGGCGGCGUCUGCUGUUCAGAUCGAAGGAGCAGUUGCAGAUGAAGGCCGGGUUCCGGUUCACAUUGACGCAGUUCCUGUGCUGACACCUGGAGCUGCGGACGAUUACAUCGCAAACGAGAAUUACUACCUGUACAAGCAGGACAUCGAGCGCAUAGCUUCUAUGGGAAUAAAAUACUAUAGAUUUUCCAUUCCAUGGGCAAGAAUAUUGCCUUUCGUUCUGCCUGACACUCCAGUCAACCAGCAAGGAAUCGCUCAUUACGAGGAUCUCAUCGACUUCGUACUUGAGAAAGGAAUGCACCCUGCUAUCGUGUUGCACCAUACGGACACUCCUUUCCAGUUCUACUCAAAUAUAUCCGAGGUCUCAAUCCUUCCAGGGACUGGGGGCAUCGGCUACACCGACUCAGGAUACCAGAGGUCUUACCACAAUAUCUCCUUUGAGGAUGCCUUCGUCAACUAUGGCAAGAUUGUGAUGGCACACUUCGCAGACCGGGUGCCUAUCUGGUGGACUUUCAAUGAGCCUUUACUUGGUGCACGAAACGGCAAGUCCAUUAAUGCCGUCAUCAAAGCGCAUGCUCGUCUUUAUCACUACUAUCACGAGGAGAUCAAAGGCACUGGCAAGGUAUCUUUGACCUUUAACGACAAUUUUGGGGUGCCGCGGAAUCCUCAAGACGCUGCCGACGUUGAUGCUGCGAAUCACUUCAACUCAUUUCAGCUGGCGACCUUUGCAAAUCCCAUUUUUCUUGGCAAAGAUUACCCUUCUUCGUACACUUCCAGUGUCGCUGACUAUGUUCCCUUGACUGAGGAAGACUUGGCGUAUAUCAACGGUACUGCAGAUUUCUUCUCCAUCCAGCCAUACACAGCAACGGUGGUAUCGCCUCCAGAUGACACGAUUGCUGCCUGUGCUGCAAACAUUAGCCAUCCACUUCGCCCAUACUGCGUCAAACAGUAUACGAAUACGACGACGGGAUGGAACAUUGGCUAUGGCUCACAAUCAUACGUCUACAUCACGCCCACGUACUUUCGUACAUAUCUCAAUUACCUCUGGAACACAUUCCGACAUCCUGUCGCUGUGACAGAGUUUGGCUUUCCAGUAGCCGGCGAGGCAAACUUGAGUCAAGACCAUCAGGAAUUUGAUAGUCCAAGAAGCUGGUACUAUGUAUCGUACCUCAAUGAGGGCUUGAAGGCAAUAUGGGAGGAUGGCGUCGAAUGGAUAGGUGCAUUUGCUUGGAGCUUUGCUGACAACUGGGAGUUCGGUGACUACGAUGCACACUUCGGCAUCCAGACUGUCAACCGUACAACACAGGUGAGGAGGUACAAGAAGAGCUUCUUUGACUUUGUCGACUUCGUGGAAAGCCGUAGACAGGCCGCAUAG